GUUGAAUUAAUCACUUUUUUUAUUCAUGAAUUUUGUGAUUUUUUUUUUCAUAAAAGAUAAACAAUGUCCAGUCGCUCAGCAAAGACUCUUCCACAAGAGAUCAUCAUUGACAUACUGUUACGACUCCCCGUCAAAUCCCUAUGUCGAUUCAGGUGCGUAUCCAAGCCAUGGCUUGCUUUAAUCAACGAUCCUCACUUUGUCACCUCACACCUCCGCCACAAUAAUACCCACAAACUCAUUCUCGCUUCUCACUCACUUUACUCUGUAAACCAUGAAGCGACACCCAUCGAUGAAGAAGUGGUUGCUGUAAAGCUUGAUUUUCCGUUGAAAUCGAUUCCCAGAAAUGACCAAGUUCAAAUCUUUGGCUCUUGCAAUGGGUUGUUGUGUAUAAUGCCUGUGCCUAAAGUUUUCUUUUUGUUCAAUCCUGCAACCAGAGAGGCCAAGAGAAUUCCGGAGUUUCAGUUGACUAGUUUAAAUUAUAGUAGUAUACAUGGGUUUGGUUAUUCUGAAGUCAUUGAUGAUUAUAAGCUUGUGAAAGUGAUUGUUCCAUCAAUUGUGUGUGUGUUUUCGCUGAGAACCGGGUCUUGGAGAAGGGUCAAAGAUUGUCAUUAUUUAUAUCCGGUUGGUGCUUCGGGUACGCCACUUAAUGGGGCAAUUCAUUGGGUUUUGACUAGGCCUGGUGAUGGUGUUGCUAAUGUGGUAGUUGCUGCGUUUGAUUUGGUGGAGGAGGUUUUUAAAGACAUUUCGCUACCUGAAGCUUUGAGAGACUUUGGAUUGUUUUCGCUCGCGACUGGGGUUCUUGGAGGGUGUCUGUGUGUGUUGCAUCAUCAUGGGGACCUUAGAAGAGAAUUUUGGGUUAUGAAAGAGUAUGGUGUAGAGAAAUCUUGGACGAAAGUUUUAAUGCAACAACCGUAUCAUGUGUUGAGGCCGUUAUGCAUGUGGAAGAAUUGUAAAAUGUUGUUGGCUGUGAAUGAGCAGCAGCUAGUCCUUUGUAAUCGGAGAGAUGGUUCAUGUAAAGAUUUUGUGGUUUUUGACAUGCCGCUUCUGUUUGAUGCUGAUAUUUAUGUGGAGAGCCUUGUCUCACCCAAUUAUGGGAAUAGGAAUUGAGAUUUGUUAAUGGAAGGAAAGCUGGGAUUUUCAGGCAGUAGGAGAGCAGGUGGAGUGUUCGGAUACUGUGUAUUCCAUUUGUAUAU